UCUCCCCUUCUCUCAGCUUUUCGGACUCAUGGGUCGAGAAGCGGACCUUCAGAUAAUAGCAUCAGCCGCCGCCGACGUCGCCGUAGCCGCCCCCUUAGUGCCGCCGACACUGCCACCGGCCCCGACUGCCCUCGCUCCCGGCUUCAGGUUCCACCCAACAGACGAGGAACUCGUCAUUUACUACCUCAAGCGCAAGGUCUGUCGCAAACCCUUCAAAUUUAACGCGAUCUCCGAGGUCGACAUCUACAAGAGUGAGCCCUGGGACCUCGCUGACAAGUCGAGCUUGAAGAGCAGGGACCAGGAGUACUACUUUUUCAGUGCAUUGGAUAGGAAGUACGGAAAUGGGGCAAGGAUGAAUAGGGCUACCAACCAAGGGUACUGGAAGGCCACCGGAAAUGACCGGGCCGUCAAGCACAACGAUUUUGUCGUGGGGAUGAAGAAAACCUUGGUGUUCCAUAGCGGCCGAGCUCCAGAUGGGAAAAGGACCAAUUGGGUUAUGCAUGAGUACAGACUUGUUGAUGAAGUUUUUGAGAAGGCUGGGCUCGGCGCCAUUCAGGAUGCGUUUGUGCUAUGUCGAGUAUUUCACAAAAGCAAUAUAGGACCACCAAAUGGGCAUCGGUAUGCGCCUUUUGUUGAGGAGGAGUGGGACGAUGAUGAUAAGUUAACUUUGGUUCCUGGACAAGAGACCCGGACUGUAGCUGUAGUUAGUCGUGAUGCAUUUGUGGUAGGAAAUGGUCAUGCUGCAUGUAGUGAACAAAAUGAUUAUGCUGAUUGUAGUGAACAAAAGGUACAUGCUGCUCGUAGUGAACAAAAUGGACUUGCUGCAUACAUUAGAGGAAAUGGACAUGCUGCAUAUACUGGAGGAAAUGGACAUACCGCACAUAUUGGAGGAAAUGGGCAUGCUGUAUGUAUUGGAGGAAAUGGUCAAGCUGCAUAUAAUGGAGAAAAUGGUCGUGGAACUUCUGUUGAAGGAAAUGGUCAUGGAACUUCCAUGGAAGGAAUUGCUCAUGGAACUUCCGUUGAAGGAACUGGUCAUGGAACUUCUGUCAAAGGGAGUGGUCGCAGCACUUCUAUCGAAGGAUGUGGUCGUGGCACUUCCGUCGAACGUAAUGGUCAUGGCACUUCUGUCGAAGGAAGUGGUCAUCACACUUCUGUCGAAGAAAAUGGUCAUGGCGUUUCUGUCGAAGGAAAUAUUGUUGAAGGAAUUGGUCAUGGUGCUAUAAUUGUAGUAGAUGACAAUGGAACCACUAAUGAAGGUGACUGUCAUGAAACUUGUACUGCAGGAAAUGGUCACAGUGUGCCCAGUGCAGAAAAUAAUAUUGAGCAGGAUACUCAGGCAAUCAGCAAGGCUAUUGUUGUUGUUCCUGAACUUCCAGCAGAGAAUCAAACUGUUUUACCACCAUGCAAGACGGAGAAAACUGACGAUUAUCCUAUGACAUGUGUGGUUAAUAGAGAAGAGAGAUUAGAUGACUUUCCGUCACCAGGUCCAGAUGAUGCACAACCCUUGCUAACUUUGUUUAAUCGACAACCUGGGCAACUACGCCAGUAUAAAAGAAGGCGGCAUAACGACUCAAAUUCUAACCAUUCAAAUGCUUCUGAGAUUUCAAGUGGGAUGACACAUGACCCUUGCUCGUCUACAACAACAACAGCGUCAACUGAGGCAUCGAUGACGACUACCAGAAAUUUUCUGUCUGCACUGGUGGAGUAUCAGCUGUUAGAAUCCCUUGAACCCAAAGAUACUACCCCAGCACCUCCUCCUGAACUCAAUGCUGCUUUGAUGGAAUCUUCUGUGCCUACCAGCUGCUUGAAAUACAUAGAGACUUUGCAAACUGAGAUCCACAAAAUCUCAAUUGAGAGGGAGACAUUGAAGUUUGAAAUGAUGAGUGCCCAAGCCAUGAUCAACAUUCUUCAAGCCCGAAUUGAUCUCCUAAACAAGGAGAACGAGGAUUUGAAGAAGGUCCGAGUCGCCUAGUGGAUUCGUAGUGGUAUGUACUCCUUGGUGUUCAUUGUAUGAGUUAUCGGCCCCUUAGGGGCCUCGUCGAACUAUCUAUAGUGAGUAUGUUUUCUCUAUUAGAGUAAGAGCUGUCUAUGUUUUCUCUGUUAGGGUAAGAGCUGUCUCUGUUGUUAAUCGAACGAUGUUGUAACCGUGUAGGAAGCUUGCUGUACGUGUAGCAAGCUGAACUGUGUUGUACCUGUCAUCGAAAUCGGCAGUUUUAGACCCUAAUUAUUAUAAUUUUCGAGCUUA